UCUAGAACUCUCCAACUUAACAACAAACAAACACACGCAGUGCAAUUAGUGGGCGGGCGUAUAAAUAUAGUACUAUUACUCGUGCACAUAUGCGUGAAAAACUAGCUGGCAACAACAGGAAUGCGAAGAAAAGCCAGUAUUUCGAGCGCUGCGAGUAAAGUGAAUAAAUUCGUUGCGGGACAUUUUCGGGCGAAUAAUGUCUACUUCGGUUAUUUGUGUAGACCUGAGCUCCGAGUCCGAGGAAGAGUCGCCUCCUGGACCAAAGCGCCGACGCCUGGAGGAUCCCCUGCGAAACCUGGUGCCAUCCGGCCGACAAGGAUUGCCAGUUAAACUCGUGAACAUACCAAAGGCCUCCCUGGGAUCCGUGGUCAGGGUGCCUGGUGUUGGACCAGUGCCAACCAGGGCAUCUCCGCUUCCAGCGGAUCCCCUACGAUCCAUGCACAUACCCAGCGGCAUCACUGUCACCAAGCACCAGAAGAACAUCCUGACCACAAACGGAAACCUGACCAUUUCCCUGGCCGAGAGCAACAACAACAACCCCAACAGCUUCAAUAACAAUGUAGGCGCCAAGCAGGUGAAGCUCGGUUCCGCCCACAAAGUGGCCUGGUCGGUGAGCAGCAAGGCGCCCAGUCCGAAUGCCUUGAUAACCAGCGUACCCAGUCACCAGGUGCGGGUGACGACCGGCAACCAAGUGCGGUUAGCAGCCGGCACCAAAGUCAUCCUGCCGACCAUGGCAGUAUCUCCGAAAACGACGCCUGCAAAGAUUCAACCUCUGGUUGGGAUAGCUCAGCCCCAGCAACAGCAAAAGCCGCAGCAACAGCAAAAGCCCCAGCAACAGCAACAGUCACAGCAACAGCCUCAGCCCCAGCAGCAUAAGGUCAUAACGCCAAGUCAAACGAAGCCUAAAACUUCAAUGGGCCAAAUCCUGCAGCAACAGCAGCAACACAAGGCGCUGACAGGACAACAGAAGAUUCUUUUAAAGCAGCAGCAGCAGAGGACUUCUAUAGGGCAACUGCAGCAGCAGCAACAAGGAUCGCUGGGCGCCCAGCAGCCGCAGCAACCGAAAUUAGUUGGCGCCCAGCUGCCACAGCAACAGAAAUCGUUGGGCGCCCAAGUGCAACUGCAUCAAAAUCCGUUGGCAGCAGCGCCCCAACAGCUAGUUCAUCAGAAAACGACGGUCGGAGCACAGAUUCAGCAACAACAAAAAGUAUUUGUGGGACAACAGCAGCAGAAGAUUUCCCAGGCACAACUUCAGCAGCAGCAGCAGCAACAGCAGCAGCAACAGCAGCAGCAGCAACAGCAACAGCAGCAGCAACAGCAGCAGCAACAGCAAAGAGCCUCUCUAGGGCAAGUUCAACAGCAACAGCAAAGAGUAUCUGUGGGACAGCUACAGCAGCAGCAGCAACAGCAGCAACAGCAGCUGAAAGUCAAUACAAGCCAACACCAACAGCAGCAGUUGUCACAGAAGAUAAUCUUAGGACAAAUGCAGCAGCAACAGAAGGCCUUUAUGAGUAUAACGCAGCUUGCGAAGGCACCAAUGGGUCUACUGCGGCAGCAACCAUUCCAACAGACUCCUUCGCCGGUGGCCCAGCAGCAGUUGACAAAGACACAGAUGGGCCAGCAGUUGCUUAGCUCUGUGAUGGCCACCCCGAGUCCAGUUCAGCAGCCGCAGUUCGCUCCGAAACCAUCGCUGCCCGCCGUCAACCAAAUCACCCACAAAUCAAUGACCAUACAGAAACUACCCAUGGUGCCAAAGGUGCCCCCAGUGACGAAGGUUCCGCCAAAGCAGGUAUUCCCCUACCAGACCCCACCACCCGCUCAUCUAGUGCAAAAGCAGGCACCGCCACAUGCGCCAAUGCCAACACCUGCCUUCGCCUACCGCCCACCAAUAGUCAGACCGACGACGGUGGCCAAGAUCACUCCUGUGCCGCCAAACAACAGAACCAGCUUGCCGCUGAAGCCACAGGUGCCUGUCCACCCGGCGGCUGUGCAACCUGCAGGGGCAAUCCUUAGUGCGGCACGUACUUUGCCCUUUAGAAGGUCACAAGCCCACAAGCCAGCCACGCCUCCACUGGCUUCAACGAAUCUCCAGGGAUUCACCACGAGUGCCACGCCACCGCAGCGUUUGCUGGCCACUCCGCCGCAUUGUGCGGCCGCCUUGAACGAGCCGCUGCUGCUGAACUUGCCGCCCACCACCAGCAUUACGCCGCAACUGACGCCCACGACCACUCCGCCGCCAGCUGGGAUUCCGGCUGCAGUGCAGCAACACCAGCUGGCCAAGGCGGCUGCUUUCAAGUUGAACUCCUUGCCCGGGGCGAGCAUAUCGCCAGUGGCCAGGACUCCAGCCAGCGUCGCCAAGCGCGUUCAGCCCAUCACAGUGCUCAAGAAAUCCGACGAGGAGUGGCGCAGGCACUUGCUCGAGCACCAGCAGCAGCAGCAGCAGCAGCACCAGCAGCACCAAAAGCAGCGCGAGCAAUCGCAGCCCACGUCGACGCCCACGAUUGUCCUUGUGGAGUCUCCGCCCACUACGCCGCCCACAGAGAAACCGGAGACGGAACAUAGGCCGAAAGCAGCGGAGAAACCAGAACCGAUCAAUUCUCUUCCGACAGUUAAACAACAACAACAACAACAACAACAACAACAACAACCCAGUAAAGCGAGAACCCCUGUUAUGGUGACUCCACCCACGAAAGCAGCUGUCAAUGCUGUCACCGAAAUUGUGGAUCUAGAUGAACUGCCCGAGACGCCGCCAGCGAAGCGAAAGCCAGAGAUUUCGGUACCGAUACAGAAGCCUAAGGAAACAUCGCCGCCCGAGAAAGCCCCUUUUAUAGCCGAGUACUCGGCACUCCUUAAGCUGUGCCUCGAGACGGACAAAUCGGAGGACAUGGCGCGCUUGGCCCAAGGAAAACUGACCAGGUACUACUACAGUGUGCAUGAGAGCUUUGUGGUUUCGCGUGGUUUCCGCAAGAUGGUCGACUUGGCCAUAACACGGAUCAGGAAUGAUCCGGAAAUGGUGUACGUGCACCUCAAGUGCGUGGUGGAUGAACUGAAGGCGCGACGGCUGGCCAAAGUAGUGCUCCCCGCGAAGGCGAAGCGGUCAGCAAGGGAGUCCCCACAUCCAAGAGCCUCUACACCCAAGGAGCAGCAGCCCGAUGAGAAGGCUAGGGCUCGGAUGCAGAGUCCACUGAAGAUGAAUGAGCAACAGGAGGAGCAACAGGUGGAAGAGGUGGAGGAGGAGGAGGAGGAAGCGGAGAUGGAGAUGGAGCCGGAGCCCGUUUCACCCACCACCGACAAACGGAUGGAUGAGCGCAUCCGGAAACUGAACCGCACCUUGUACACUUUGACGAAGCGGAUUAAGAUGUUGGAGGAGGCGGAUGUGGACUGGAACGACGACGACUCCAGCUAUCUGCAGGUAGAGCGCUUCAAGAAGCGUGCCUGUCAAAUAUACGAGAAAAUCUGUGAUCUAACCGGCGAGAGCAAGAGUGCCCGUAGCCAGCUUAAAAAACCGAUCCAAUUUAAGGAUACGGACUAUCCGGAGUUCAAUAAAACCCUGUCGUCCUUUGUCAACCGGAUGCGGGAGUUCCCAGACUACCAUGAUGUGCUCAGGCUACUGGAGCACUGUAACAAGGAGAAAGCACUCGGACUAGCCAGCUUUGAGAUGAAGAGAAUUGCCUAUGAUGCCUUUGGCAAAGUCGGAGAACUGCUGCAGUCCCGGCGGAAGACUGAUCUCUACGAAACCGUAACGCACUUCACGGCGAAUGGAAAGGAUCCAGCUUCCAGCGACCCCGAGCUGCUCGCCAAGCUGAAGGAGAACAACAAAAAAAAAACCAAAAUAAGUGAUGUCUUAGAAAAGUACGCCCGCGAGCAGGAUCUCAAUGCGGAGGAGCGUCAAGAGGCGCGUCUCAAGGAGAAAAGGCUGAAACAGGAACAAGCAGACGAUGCCGCCAGAUUGGCUGCCCUGGCCGCCGAGGACGACGACAAGCCCUGCACAAGUGCGCAGGCAGCGGCAAAGGCGGCCGCCCUCGCCGCUUUAAUAGAGAGUUCAUCGGCUCAAAGGAAGUGCGAAAACGGGUCCAUCGAUGCAAAGGCUGCCAAAGAAGAAGAUGGGGACGAUGGGGACUCGGAGGAGGAGUCGGAGUCGGAGGACGAGGAGGACGAUGUGGACGAUUUCGUGGACAACUUCAAGGCCAACGGCGAAAUGAGUGACGCCGAGUCCGAGGCAGAAUCAGAAGCAUCUCCAAGGCAAGUUGCUCUGGCUCCCGCCGAGGAGGUUGUGAUAGAUAUAACAAAAGGCGAGACCGACAGCAAGAAUGACGUGGUCCCGCCCAAUGGCAAGCUGAAGAUUAUGUCCGUCUCUAGUCUGAACGCCAACUUCGUCCAUGGGCAGGAUCCGAAGUGUGCUAAGCCUGUUAUUGCCGCCGAGAUUAUCAUUUCGGACGAGGAGUCAUAGAACGAGUCGUAGCCGCAGCCGCGUCUGCAACCGUAGUUAAGUUUAUUUAUUCAAUUCUUUCAAUUUAUACCUGAUUAGUUUCAAUUAUGUAUAUUUAAUCCUUGGUUCUCUUUCAAACGCCAAGUAACCAAAAGUGUAAGAUCAUCCAGUUAAAUGACAAAGAUGCUUUGCAGCGAAGAGUAAUUUCUGAGCACAUUCAACCGAUAAUUAGACUGGUUGCGGAUUUGAGUAGUGUUGAGGAAUCUUGUUUAAUUAACAGAUAACUUUUUUUGCAAGCUACCAUUAUUUGUUGUCUUGCAGAAAAACUUUGGAAAAUCAUAAUUUAAACGGUUAAUUAAAAAACUAACACUAUCUGAAGAGUUUGUGAAUAUCUGACACCAAAUUUUGAAAAAUAGUAUGCAACAAUUUUGAGCUCUUAAAAUUUCUAAAUAAUUUGACGAUUAUUGUUAAAUUUUUUAAA